CGAGAGCUAAGAUAACAUGACAAAAACUUAGGUUGUGGAUGUGGGACAAGCACGUGGCGUCGGAGAAACCGUCCAUACGUGAAUACUGUAUACUGUAAACCUACCCAUCCAAAGUAAUCACGUUGGAUUUACCGGAUAUGGGAAACGACACUCAUGUACUUAAAAGCCCAUGCGAGUUUCGGCACCUUUAUUUUAGUCUAGGGAUCCAUCUCUGCACAUAGCAUUCAACGCUGGUUCGCACUUCGUAGGCGGUUCAUGGAGGGCUCUUUUGCCGUGCGGAAAGGGACAUGGACUGCAGGGGAAGAUGAGCUUCUGAAAGAUUGCAUUGAGAAGCAUGGAGAAGGAAAGUGGCACCAAGUUCCUCUCAGAGCAGGCUUAAAUAGAUGUCGAAAAAGCUGUAGACAAAGGUGGUUGAACUAUCUAAAACCAAAUAUCAAGAGAGGAGACUUCGAAGAGGAUGAAGUUGAUCUAAUGAUCAGACUCCAUACGCUCUUGGGUAACAGAUGGUCAUUGAUUGCUGGCAGGCUUCCAGGAAGAACAGCUAACGAUGUAAAGAACUAUUGGUAUACACAUCUACGUAAGAAGUUACCUUCUCGCAUUAAAUUCGACGUGAAAGAUAAACAAAAAGACAUGAUGAUCAUCAAGAAGGUAACCGUAGUAAAACCUCGACCUCGAAGCUUCUCCCAUUUGAUUAUAAAGAGGAAAUCUACAACUAAAGAAAGCAGCUUUCAACAGAAGGACAAUGCUAGAAAUUCUCCAUCGCUGAUGCCAUCUGAGAAUACAAUCAAUUGGUGGGAAAGCUUGUUGGAUGAUUGGCAAAGUGAUGAUAUAGACAAAAGCUGCAGUACUGUAGGCCGUGGGUUAUGUGAAGAGCCAAAUCUUGGGCCUGAUCAUGAUGUCUCUUUUGACAUGAACGGCCUUCGGGAAUUUCUCGGCGUGGGACAAGAAACAAGAUUGGCCUAAUAUAUUUGUUUAGAGUAAUGUUACGUAACAUUACUAUCUUAUUUAUAUUUUAUUAUAAAUAAUAUGAGAUAUUUAUUAUUAUUU